AUGUUUUUAAAACUUUUAAUUUUACUUUUAAUUAUAAACAAAAUUAUUGCUCAAGAUUCUAAUAGCGGAGAGAACAAUGGAAAUUCUGAUGGUACGGUCAAUGAUGAGUUUUCCGACUCUGUUGAUGUUCGAGAACAUGAUAAUGAGCAACAACCUUCCAAUUCGAUCGACAAUCAAAAUCUUCAAGACUCACAAUUUAUUAAAGAAGAUGAUACAAGUGCAUUGCCACUGUUAAAUAAUGAGAAGAAUAACCGCAUUAAUGAAUACACAACAGAAAAAAUUAAGGAAGAUGAGGAAGACCAAAAUAAUAAUGAAGGAUCUGGUGUAGAAAAUGAAUUUCCAGAAGAGGAUAAUGAUGUAAAUGGAUUGGAUAUUAAUACAACUGCUAAAUAUACUAAUGAUGAAGAUGAUAAUGAUAACAAUGAAAGUGAUAGUCAAGCAUGCGUGUAUGAGGAUGGUGUAAUUAACGAUAAUGGUGAGGAACGUUCACCUACAUCUGAAGAACAACAACAAAUUGAUGAAUACCUUCAAAAAAUGCGUGAAUUUGAAAAACAAAUGGUCAAAGACAGUGCCAAUUUCAUGAAAAAUUUGGCACAGUUCGUGAUGAGUCAAUUCGAAAACAUUUUUGGGUAAAGUUUAUAACUUUAUUCUGCCAAAUAUAUAAUUAAGUAGAAAUCAAAGUAUGUAUAAUAUAUUAAUAGCCCUUCCUGAAUAAUUUGAACCCUCCGGAAGCGCAGAUAGCUCAAUAAGUAGAGUGCAUAGCAGAAACAUAACAUAGCGACAUGACAUCUUUGUAUAACUAUCAUCAAUAUCCUAAGUGACAUAAGCCAAUAUUCAAAUAGGUUC